AUGUCCUCUCAAUUCCUACAGACAGAGCUCUUGCAUCUCAUUCAAGAGUCAAAACGAAAGAAUGCUGACCUGCGAAAUGCUGCUGAGACGUCUCUCAAUGAAUUGAAGGCAUUGCCUUCUACUUCAGAGGCCCAGACAACAGCUGGUGUGCUUAACCCCCAAUCACUAGACCUGGUACGAAGGCCGAAGUUUGUCGACCCGUUUAUCAUAACUUGCCAUAGUCGCCAUGCCAAGCUUGCUGGUAUUGGAGUUGUGUGCUUACAGAGACUGGUGGCUUCACGUUCAUUACCACCUGAGCGGCUGAGAGAUGUUCUGAAUGGGUUAAGGGAAACCACCAACUUGAGUCUGGACAUCCAACUCAAAAUAUUGCAAACAUUGCCUUCUUUGUUGCAGCACUAUUCCAAUGAGCUCAGUGGAGAGCUGCUUGUGAGCACAUUAGAAAUAUGUGCGAUGUUGCAGGCAAGCAAAACCCUUGCCGUGUCCAGCACUGCGGCAGCCACACUACAGCAACUUGUGAUGUCGACAUUUGAGAGGAUUGCCAUUGAUGACAGAAUACUUGACUCGUCCAAACCAAAUGAAACCGUUACUGUCGACGACCGUCCAGUAACUAUUAGCUACUUCGCUUAUGAUGCAUUACGGGUUUUGGAUGAUCUCUGCCGUCUCGUAGAUGGCGAACCACUGCAAUUCCUACGGAUGAAAUCACUCUCCCCAACAUUCACAUUGGAACUUAUCGAGAGUAUCCUGGUUAAUAAUGGCAGCCUGUUUGUUGGACAUGCGGAACUUACGCAGGUGCUCCGAGCUCGGCUUAUGCCACUGACCGUCAGGUACUUAUCUGAGAGGCACAAUUUUGCUCAAACAGUCCGGGUUGCCCGGAUCCUUCUUGUAUGUCUGAAACGUCAUAUGUCACUUCUUACCGCGGAGUGUGAGAUGGCACUUGGUCUGUUGACACACUUACUCGAACCGGAUGGAACAGCACCCUGGAAGCGUGUGAUUUGCAUGGAACUUUUCCGAUCCUUGUACGCUGAACCAGGUUUAGUCCGACUGAUGUACUCACUAUACGAUGGAAAAGAAGGGAGAAAGAGCGUUCUUAGGGACCAUAUGGCUUCACUUGUUCGUCUGGCCUCCGAGAAACCGUCUUUGAUCGGGGUCGGCAACCAAUCCACGGUGCCUACGCGCGCGGAAUAUUCGAGGUCCAUCACUGAGGAACAAAUCACUCUAGAAGCUGGUGGAGUGGCUGGUGUCAUUGGAACCUCCGUUCCAUCUACUGAUACAAAUGUACCAGGCAUCAGCAGCCAGUGGAGUGUGGUCCGCACACCUUACAUGGAAAUCCUCGACAAGACUGAUGCGCCACUCCCCCCGGAUACCUAUAUUUACAGUCUCGUACUCAAUUGCAUUGCUGUAUUCGCUGAAGGUCUCGCAAAGUUCAUACUUCCCUUGACUGUUCCUGAGUUCAAGCAUAAACGAAAAAAUCGAAUCACAAGCCCUGAUCAAGAACUUAGCUCCCCUAUUGCGUCAUCUCCAGAUCUUCAAAGGACGCAUUCUUGGAGAAUCACUCAAAAUUUAAAGUCUAAAAAGUCGCCUAUACCAGUCAAUCCUUUGGAAUUGGAGUCCCACCCGCAGAUUUCAGCAAUCAAAGCAUGUGCCGGGAUUAUCGAGAACUGCUGGCCUGCUGUUCUUGCUACGUGCUCGACGUUCUUAUAUGCAGCUCUGGAUGACGAAUUCUACCAUAGCCUAGUGCGAUCCUUCCAGAAAUUGGCCCAUGUUGCGGGCCUUCUGAGGCUUUCUGUUCCCCGUGACGCUUUCUUGACGACUCUAGGGAAAGCUGCUAUGCCGCCUGAGACCGGUGGUGCUAAAUCAGGGACUUCCACAGCACCUGUUUCUGAUUCCCAGAACAACUAUGCGUCUGAGAAAAGGCGUAAGGGUGCGGAGAUCGGUUCCCCAUUACCUGCAGAUUCGCCAAGUACCACUUCAGACAGCCAUUCUGUGCUAUUAAGCACGAGAAACCUUUUAUGUCUGCGUGCCUUGCUGAAUUUGGGUAUCGCUUUGGGGCCAAUCCUAGACCAGCCAGCCUGGUCCAUUAUCCUUGAGACCCUCCAGGAUACAGAUUUGUUGAUUGGGAUAUCGUCUGUUUCUACAAUGAAGUCAAGUGCCGCAGCUAAUAGCCCUGGGGAUGCGGCAGCCGGCAUCGACGUGCCCAAAGCGAACCUUGGCGCAGAGAUCAUUGCCGUGCAAACAGCAUCUAACAAGAUGUUUGAAAGCACUAAUGGCUACCCCGCUGACUCGUUCCAAGACAUUUUAGUUGCUCUUUUGAGUCUUUCACAGUUUACCGAGGAAACGACACAACAAGACCCAUCAGAGAAAGUAUCAGGCACGCCUCGUUCUCCACAGUCUCUUAGGCGUCCAGGGCACAUGCGCAAGAGUACCCGUCGCGUAUCGCUCACAGUUGGCAAAUCCAAAGCGCAGGAUGAACAGCUGAAAUUUGUCUUGGAAAAAGCAGACGAGGUAGCUAAAGCGAACCUGGAACGACUGUCAUCUCUGGAUGAGAACGAUCUUCGUGCGUGGCAGAGCCUUACGGACAGUCUUAUAUCAGGUGCAUCGCAUGGCGAAGUCAGCCAGGCUCUUCGUUUAAGAGCCAGCGAAGUUCUCAAUAACCUUGUCUUUCAGACAAUGAAGCAGAAUGAUGUCGACGACGAUUCUUUGCGAAACACACGGCAGCUGAGGAACCUGGAGACCUUGAAAAAGCAAAUGAAUUCUCUCUAUAAUUCGAAACUGCCAGGUUCUUAUCCUGCUGUCGUUAUCGAGAUCCACGAGCAAAGCCUGGAGAUCCUGAAAAACACCUUAGAGCAGUAUGCAGAAACCUUUGCCGAUGGCUGGACCCUUGUCUUCGAUCUCAUUUCCAGCGUCUUUGGGGAGGUAAUGGCCGAGGAGACAUCGGAGACGAGCACGACAAAUCCAGGAGGCAAAGCAUCGUUGUUAGCUGAUUCGCCCCGCCUUAUCCGCGCAGCUUACAAGUCUCUUCAACUGGUAGCCUCUGAUUUCUUAUCUCUACUUCCAGCGCCUUGCCGUUUGAAUCUUGUGGAUUCUCUUUCAGGCUUUGCCUCACAGCAACAAGAUUUCAACAUCUCGCUGACUACGACCUCGUCUUUCUGGAAUGUCUCAGAUUUUCUCCAGGGACAAAUAGAACGGUUCACCAUUGAAUCUCAUGUCGAUGCAUCGGUUAGAGAAGAAGACCUUGCGACGCUAGCCAAGGACAACGAUGUCUCCGUAUCCCGUAAUUCUCUAUGGUUAUUACUCUUACUGAGAAUUGUUGACCUUGCAACCGAUAGCCGAACCGAAAUCAGAAACUGUGCAGUCCACACGCUGCUAAGGAUCUUCGAUGCCUAUGGCCAACAAUUAUCGGCCAAGGCAUGGCGGCUGUGUCUCAAUAGAGUUCUCUUUCAAAUGAUCGAGAACGUCGAGGCUGAACUUACGGGAGUCGUGAAAGGACGGAACGGGGCAAAUUCAUACGAGCUCAAGCCAUGGAUAGACACGACAGUCGUGAUGAUCAAAGGAUCUGCUGAACUGAUUACAACUUUCUUCGAUUCGAUUGCCCAAGACGAAGAAUUCGACCGUUCCUGGGAACGACUUCUAGGCUAUUUCCAGACAUUGAUUGGCCUGGAUCUUUUGGAAUUCAGUGAAGCAGUGUUCUCCAGCUUGUCGAACAUCCUUUUUAGGGUAGAAAGCCCGACUGGUUUCAGCAAACAAGCACUGGAGUCUGCAUGGUCACUUUGGGAUAGUGGCCAUCCGGCCAGUAAGGAGGACUCGUUGGAUCUCGACUGCCCCAAUCAGGACUCUGCCUUGGCAUACCUCCGGUCCUUCGAACAAAUAUACCGUCUUCAUAAGGAUGAUCUGACAAGAGAGCGCAUAGCGGGCAUCCUUGAACAUAUGAAACUGCUUGCGUGGAACUCGGUCUCUCCCCGAUAUUCUCCCGAUAUAGACCGUUCUUCGACCCUGCAAUCAUUGAUAAUUGCUUCUACCAAGACCAUUUGUCUGGAUAAAGAGAACUCUCAGCCUGAAAUUCUUCUUUGUCUUGCGGAGUACGUCGACUCUGCUUUAUCAAAAUGGACACCAGGAAGCGACUCGAGAAGACCGACGUUUGUCGCAUUCUCGAAAAGUGCAAUCGACCUCCUUCGCUGGUAUAUCGCUGACUUUGGGAUCAAGAAGGAUGUGUUUACGGAUGGGUCACUGGCUACUGCAUUGAAACAUCUCUCCAACCCCGUUUCUCAGAAAUACGAAUGGCAAGGCAAGGAUCGAGAGCCAAGAUUGUGGCAGAAGGCGACCACAACAUUUCUGGACAUACUCCAGGUUGCGAUUACCUAUGUGGAGAAACAAUACGAGAAGCCAAAUGAAAGGGAAACCUCACGAUUCUGGGAAUGCGUGGUGGACAUUGUGCGCGGUAUAGUUUCUGCCAAGGGUUAUCGCACUCAAGAACUCUCCAUGGCAGACAUGCUCGCGGAUGAAUCUUUUGAUAUCACCGCCUUCAACAGGCUGAAGAGCUUGAUCAUCCCAUCUCUCGGAGCAGCAGUGAUCAAAGAUGAUAUUCGACGGGACUUCGCAUGUGCAUUGUUCGAUUCUUCCUUUAUAUACGCCCCGAAGCGAUUUGAUCUCCCCGACACCACAACCUUGACGAACAACCCUCUCAAGGGGAUAUACGAUGUUCGCCCAGGAAGAACCUUUGAACCUCCUCCAAGUACGCGGUCGAAGAUGGCAUACGUUCUGACUGAUGCAAUGUUUGAACUCGCAGCCGUCCCAGGGGACGAUGACAACAACAACCAAGAGCCACACACCCUCCUCGCUCGAUCCAUCUCACCAUACCUAAUUCUUCGAAGCGCCGUAUCCCUGCGCGCGUAUAUCGCGGACCAACCUCUUCGCGGGCUCAUGCCGCAGCCAACACCCGCGCGUAAGGUUCUGCUGCACUUACUUCGAGGCAUGGUGGAGCUACGAAGCGUACCUAGCGCUAUCCCAGAACCUCCUGUGGUUAGAAGUGUAGCGGCAUCUCUGGUCCAACCGAAUGACAACCACCAGCUAAAGAAGCAUCUUGAGUGGAUAUACCCGCUUGUCGUAAAGGCGGUGCAAGUAGCAGGGAAGGAAAAGGAUGAUGGGGAGGUUCUUCGGGUACUGGGGGAGGUGUUGCAGGAAGUUGGCCAUUGUGGUAUAUAG